AUGCUGGCGAACUCCGAGCAGGGGGCCAAAGGCUUCCUGCGCAUGGGCAACGGGCUGCUCUAUCGCUGCGAGUUGAACCCGGUGUUGCGUGAACUGGCGAUCAUCCGGGUCGGCCGCCUCAGCCGCACCGCCUACGAAGUCUUCCAGCACGAGCGCAUCGGCCGCGACGUCGGCGUGACCGAGGACAAGAUCGCUGCGCUGCGCGACGCCACCAUCGAGGCGCCGGCCUUCGACGACAACGAGAAGGCCGUGCUACGCUACACCGACGACGUGGUGCGUAACGUCCGGGCGUCCGACAAGACGCUGAAGGCGGUGCAGGCCUUCCUGACGCCGGGCGCGCUGGUCGAGCUCACCCUGACCAUCGGCUACUACAUGAUGGUCUGCCGCUUCCUCGAAUCGAUGGGCGUCGAUGGCGAAGAGGGCCAGGCGGAGUGGCUCAAGACGGCCAAGCUGUAA